AUGCUAUCGGCAGCCUCCUUCUCCCACGCAACGCACCUCUCGCGGAGCCUAGAGCUGAGGGAGAAGAUCGUCAAGGUUCUUGCCUACUCCACUAAGCUCGCCGCUCACCUCCACGGCUCGAGCAGACUCGCCGCGGCCUCCAAGCAGCUCAGUGCCGCACGAAAGGUCUUUUCGCUGCUGCACUGGGUCAGGCACGUGGACGACGCCUCCGAUGCACUUGGCGAGAGCGGCUCGUUGCGGGCCCUCGCCCUCCUCGAGCUGGCGGCGGCGCUAGUGGUCGACCUGCUCGGCGACGCCUCAACGCUCGUGAGCCUCCGCCUCCUCCCGCUCUCCCCGCGCCUCGCCGAGCGCCUCGAAUGGUGCGCCGCCGCCGUCGAUGCGGUGCAUGCGCUCGUCGCCCUGGGUGCGGGCGCGGUGCGGGCGAGCCGCAUCGAGCGCCUGCAGGCGGCGGCGCCGCAAAUAGCGGGCGCGGGCGCGAAGGCCGGCGCAGACCCGAAGGUGGGCAGCACAGACGCGAAGCUGCGGGAGGACGCGAAGCUGCGGGAGAAGCUGCAGCUCGCGCGUCUCGCUAUCGUCAAAUAUGCGUGCGACCUGCUCAAGGCGAGCCACGCCGCCGGGCUGAGAGGCCUGCGCGGAGGCGGAGUGCCGCUACCUCUCGCCCUCUUUGCCGGGCUCGCCUCCGGCGUCAUUUCGAGUCACAAGGUUGUCGUCAAGCUGAAUGGCACAAGAGAGACACAUGGAACGCCAGCUAGCAGCGCCAAGAAGAAGACAUCGUGA